AACAAUGGUCAUCGCCAGAAAGAGAGAUUCGAUAAGGCGAGAGAAAAUGCAGUUGGCCACCAUUUCUCUUCUCCUGCCCUCUCCAUCUCCAUCUCCAUCUCGACUCUCUCAUUCUCUCAGGUCGCUGAUUAUUCCCAGGAGAUUAGGCUCUAUUUCAUAUUCUUCACAAACGUCGAUUCUCCCGGAAGCCGCCGAUGACUUCACCGUGGGAGACUGUCUCGUCUACGAGGACGGGGUCUUCGAAGACCCUUACCUCGAGGAGGAGGUCAGUAUCAUUGCCCGUGAAGCGAUCCAGGAGCGGAAGACGAAGCGGCGGGGCAAGGCCAAGAGAAUAGUAGAAGCGGCGGCGGAGAUAGAGCCGGAAAACCUGGUGCCGGAUGAAUGGAGGGAUGUUCAGGCGGAGGUGAAUCUGACGAAGAAGGACAAGAGGAAAAUAGCGCAGGAACUGGAGUUCGGAGUGAGGGUGGAGAAGAAGAGACAAGGGCUCAUUCCGCUGAGUAGGGUGGACUUGAAGGAGUAUCUCACUUACAAGGAAGCCAAGUUGAAUCAGUUGAAACCUGUGGUUCUCGAUAAACCGACAACGUUCUCCGACGAUGAUGGAGGAGAGACGCGAGAACCAUAUUCGAGUGAGCGAGUAGCACCUAAGAACCCUAGAUGGGCUGUUUAUGGCAAGGGAUUCGACCACGUCUCCAAGUUCUUCAAUAGCGAUAAGUAUGAUCCCACUGGCAAGAAGCUCGAGGGCCCUCGGAAGCUGCUUUCAAAAGAAGAGAAGUUUAUGCUCAAUAGCCGAAUGCCUCACCUAGCUGUUGCCACCUCCAAAAAGUGGCUUCCUCUUCACACACUGGCAGCUUCGGGAGAAUUUUAUCUGCUUCACUCCUUGCUAAAGCACAAUCUUGAUAUCAAUUCAACCGACGUGGGCGGCUUGACAGCACUUCACCGAGCAAUAAUUGGUAAAAAACAGGCUAUUACAAACUACCUGCUGAGGGAAUCCGCAAACCCCUUUGUUCUUGAUGAUGAAGGUGCGACCUUGAUGCACUAUGCUGUGCAGACAGCAUCAGCUCCCACAAUAAAACUUCUCCUGCUGUAUAACGCUGACAUAAACGCGCAAGACAGGGACGGGUGGACGCCCCUGCACGUUGCAGUACAGGCCAGAAGAAGCGACAUGGUGAAACUUCUUUUGAUAAAAGGGGCGGACAUACAAGUGAAGAACAAGGAUGGGUUAACUCCGGUUGGCCUUUGCCUCUACCUAGGAAGAGAGACAAGGACGUAUGAAGUGUUGAAAAUGUUGAAAGAGUUUCCCCGUAGUAGACUCAAGAGAUUGGUAACGGAUUAAGCUUUACAGGAGUCGUCUUAAGAGCAAAGAGCUGCUGCAGUCAUAUAUGUACUCGCUGGACCAUCUGGUCGGUGUUUUUUCUUUUGCGUUUGUUUUCGCACUAGUGAUUAACAUAGCCGAAAUCAUGUUACCCGAAAACAGUUACUACCUGUAUACAUGUAAAGUUGUUUGAUACCCUCACUCACAUUUAUUCAUGUAUUAUUACUGUUA